CAAGAGAGAAUGGCUUUGGAAAAUGACUCUUCAGUGACUGAGUUCAUCCUUGCAGGCUUAACAAAUCAACCAGAGCUCCAGUUCCCCCUAUUCCUCCUAUUUCUAGGGAUCUAUAUGAUCACUAUAGUAGGGAACUUGGGAUUGGUCACUUUAAUCAGUAUGAAUUCUCAGCUUCACACUCCUAUGUAUUACUUUCUUUUCAACUUGUCUUUCAUAGAUUUCUGCUACUCUUCUGUCUUUUCCCCUAAAAUGCUAAUGAAUUUUGUCUCAAAGGAAAAUGUCAUCUCCUAUUCAGGAUGUAUGGCUCAACUCUAUUUCUUUGGUUUUUUUUCUAUUGCUGAAUGCUACUUGUUGACCAUAAUGGCUUAUGAUCGUUAUGUGGCCAUCUGUAAUCCAUUGCUGUAUCAUGUCACUAUGUCUCAUCACGUCUGUUCAUGGCUAUUAGGUGGGGCUUAUAUAAUGGGGUUUGCUGGUGCAAUGGCUCACACUGGAUGUAUGCUGAGACUGUCCUUCUGUGAUGCCAACAUCAUAAACCAUUAUAUGUGUGAUAUAUUGCCCCUCCUCCAGCUCUCCUGCACCAGCACCUAUGUCAAUGAGCUGGUGGUUUUCAUCGUUGUGGGCACUAACAUCAUAGUACCUAGUGUCACCAUCUUCACCUCUUAUGCUCUCAUCCUGUCCAGUAUCCUGAGCAUCAGCUCCACUGAAGGCAGAUCUAAAGCCUUCAGCACCUGCAGCUCCCACAUAAUUGCUGUGGCUCUUUUCUUUGGGUCAGCUUCCUUUAUGUAUCUUAAGCCAUCUUCGUCAGGGUUGGCAGACCAGGGCAAAAUAUCUUCAAUCUUUUACACGAAUGUAGGGCCCAUGCUAAACCCCCUAAUUUAUAGUCUGAGGAAUAAAGAUGUUCAACUUGCCUUAAGGAAAACCUUGAGAAGAAUGUUUUCAUGA